UCAUGUUAGUGUCCCUCCAGCAGCUUCCACACACUCAGAUCUCAGUUUACAAACUAUGUCACGUGACUCAUGACGACACACCAUAGUGUUCAUAUAAAAAAAACCUCCAGAGCGAAAGUUCUGCCAAACUCCGUAACUCCUGACAGAAGGCAGAAAGUCGCCUGAAACUCAAGUGUCCUAUUUGAGAAUUUGGAACAUGGAGGACAUGGAAAGUUCAACGCCAUCACCCAAGCGCGUCAUCCUUCAGACCCAAAGCACCGUGGGAUCCCAGGCAGACAAAGCGGGUGGAAACGCAUACCUUUACAUUUUAAUAGUCAUGAGUUUUUAUGGCGUGUUUCUGUGCGGCAUCAUGCUUGGUUACUUCCGCUCAAAGAGGAAGGAAAAAAGGAGGGUCAACAUCUUCACGCGCCUUGUGCACGAGGAGCAGCAAAGAGAAUGGGGCACCCUGCCCAAAAAACACAGCCUCACCUUCUCAGCCACCGCUGCGGGGCUGCGCUCUGCGCAGAUGUCCCUGCCCUUCUGUGGUAACCAUGGCAACCACUUGGGACUACGCCGCUAUGAGAGCUCGUCGGCGUCUCCGCUGGCGUGCGCGCUGUGCGCGGAGCAGAGCAGCAUCAGCUCGCAGUGCUCCUCAGCGGAGACGCGCGUCACCAUCGAGGAGGAGUCGGACGGCGGCCACGCAGGGGAACACCUCAAGGGCGGAUCGGAGCGCAGCGACUCUGGCUGAUCCUGACGCCCGGAUGAUGACACUCUGCGCCGGGAACCCACCACAAACAUGACUGGAGGAGGGAGCAAGAGGCGUUCAGGAGCCCAAAGAGGACUGACAUUCAGCCCUGUUUCUGUUUAAAAAAAUCUGUCAGACGUGAAAAUGAAAAUGAAAGUGGGGAAGUCACAACUGGUGUAAAUCAUGUCAGAUCUUCAUUUGGCAUCAAUCAGAAAGAUGUCUGCAUGCGUUGUUUGCUGCUCCUUUGUUUUAUAGUUUAACUUAUUUACUUAUUUUACCUUUUUCAAACCAGAGGCAGCAUGAAACCACACGUCACUGAUUUUAGGACUUGAAGAUAUUUAACGAACAUUUUCAUUUUUAGAGCCAUCAUUUUGACAGACAUUUAACCUAACAUAAUGUUGUAGUGCACACGCAUGAGUCUGCUUUUUUUUGUGGUGACCCCUCCCUGCUUGAGCCCCCUCCUGCAUGGCUGCUUUGGCCUGAUGACUCAUCCUGCAGGGGACUCAUCACAAAACUGGCUGCUUGAACUUCUGACUCGCUGAACCCGCUCUCACUCUAACCGGACUGGGAAGCCACUUGAAACCUUGUCUGUAGACCAUCUUGCAUGCAGCUUCAUGAUGGAUGAUGACUGCUUUCAGUGAAUUACUUGAUGACAGAGAUGAUGCACUGUUGGCGAAACCUGUGCGUAUUUGCCACACGCCAAGCUUGAUUUAAAGCGGUUUGUAAAGUUACAGAAAACAAUAAAAGCAGUUUAAACCUGA